UUCGCCUCUGGCAGUACGUUCUCGUCGCUGUCGCAGUUGCACGUCUCCGUGAAAACGUUUCUCGGACGACGGUCUUCGGGCGUCGCGACGUCGCCGACGCUGUCGUUUCUAUCCACGUCACGUGUGUGUUGCGUCUUUUUUUUCACUCUCUCUCUCUCUCUCUCUCUCUCCCACGGCUUGUGUGUAUCUCUGCUCUCCUUCUUUCUGUUUUGUAUCAAUCGUGUUUUUUUUUUUUCUUUAUCCGAUAUCGUCGCGACAGACGAGUUCUUGUCGAGAAGAGAAACUCGUCUCUUUCGCACAUAUGCGAGAGAAAACAGUGUCGCGAGAGUAUCCUCGGAUAGCAACCGGAUAACGACGAAGAGAUGACGUCUCUUUUCUACGACAUACAUCGCAAAUAAUGCAAUUCCGAGUGCCGCACAUUCGCCUUUGUUCACCGCGUUGAGAGAGUUAGAUCGGCUAAGACAGAAUUGUUUUGCGCGAUUUCCCCCCCCCCCGCAUUGACGCGCUCGAUGUUUUAGAGAAGCUAAUUUGAUACUUAAAAUAAUAGAAAAAGAACAAUUCUCUUUCUCUCUUUCCCCAUGUUGUUCUCGGUGAAUAUUUCGCGGAGUAUUUUUAGACAUGCAUUCGGGAGUGCGUUCUCAGGUGUCGGCGAGAAAAAAGCGGAUAUUCCCGAUAAUCAGUGAAAGCAGAUCGGUUGUGUGAUCAUUGCGAUUGAGAUUUGUCUCUCUUUCGUUUGAGAAAGAAGGAUCGCGCGAAUGCGAGAAUCAAAUGUUUUACGCCUCGACAACGUCGCGAGACCGUUUUUCCUGCGGCGAGUUGCCGCGCUCUGUCGAUAGUGAAUCUCCUUCCUGGCACGAUCGUUGUUCCGAGGAUCGCACACUGGAAUGCAGAGCAAAAUGCAGUCCUUCAGCGGACUCGCCUUCGGGAACGUGUUCAAGAAGAAGGCGAACAAGGCGACAGCGGGACCGCCAGUAGGUAACGCACCACCACCCACGCUCAUUAACAAAAUCAAGUACCAACCAGGUGGACCCGUAAUCAAGAAGGACAAACGGCAAAGCAGUUCGAGGUUCAAUAUAUCAAAAAAUCGGGAAUUGCAGAAAUUGCCACUGUUGUCCGAAACUCAACAAGGUAACGAGCGGGAAGAACUGUUUAUACAGAAGCUACGGCAGUGCUGUGUUCUUUUUGACUUCGAAUCAGAUCCCCUAUCGGAUUUAAAAUGGAAAGAGGUAAAGCGGACUGCCCUUCACGAGAUGGUCGAAUAUGUAACCAAAAACAGAAAUGUUAUUACCGAAGCGAUAUAUCCCGAGGCUGUGAAUAUGUUUGCCGUGAAUUUAUUCCGAACCCUACCACCGUCAUCAAAUCCUAAUGGCGCGGAAUUCGAUCCGGAGGAAGACGAGCCAACACUGGAGGCAUCUUGGCCGCACUUGCAGUUGGUCUACGAAUUUUUUUUGCGGUUGCUGGAGUCACAGGACUUUCAGCCGUCUAUAGCAAGGCGCUAUAUAGAUCAAAAAUUUGUACUACAGCUCUUAGAGCUGUUCGAUUCCGAAGAUCCGAGAGAGAGGGAUUUUCUUAAGACGACUCUUCAUCGGAUUUACGGUAAAUUCCUUGGACUUCGGGCGUACAUUAGGAAACAAAUCAAUAAUGUUUUCUAUCGAUUUAUAUAUGAGACGGAGCACCACAAUGGCAUCGCAGAGCUGCUUGAAAUCUUAGGAAGUAUUAUAAAUGGCUUUGCUUUGCCAUUAAAAGAGGAACAUAAAGUGUUUUUGUUGAAAGUUCUGUUACCUUUACAUAAAGCUAAGUCAUUAUCCGUAUAUCAUCCACAACUAGCGUAUUGUGUUGUUCAAUUUUUGGAGAAGGAUCCAUCGUUGACGGAACCUGUAAUUAGAAAUCUCCUAAAAUUCUGGCCAAAAACACAUUCCCCUAAAGAAGUCAUGUUCCUGAACGAGCUCGAGGAGAUCUUGGACGUUAUCGAACCAGCUGAAUUUCAAAAAGUUAUGGAUCCGUUGUUCAGGCAAUUAGCCAAGUGUGUGUCGUCGCCCCAUUUCCAGGUGGCAGAACGAGCUCUCUAUUAUUGGAAUAAUGAAUACAUAAUGUCCUUGAUAUCCGACAAUUAUUCCGUUAUCUUACCGAUAAUGUACCCAGCUUUUUAUAGAAAUUCUCGCAAUCACUGGAACAAGACAAUCCACGGUUUAAUUUACAACGCUCUGAAACUUUUCAUGGAAAUGAACCAAAAAGUAUUCGAUGAGUGCACGACACAGUACUAUCAGGAACGUCAAAAGGAGAGAAAACUUAUGAAAGAUCGUGACGAAGCGUGGAUGCGUGUUGAAGCGCUGGCAAUGAGGCAUCCACACUAUACUCUGGCAAUUCAAGAUACAACGAAUAAUACAUCGUUUAUAUCGCCGCAACACAUAGACAACUCACCACCGGACGAAGACGGCGAUACGGAUCAGACUCCACUUACUUUGGAAAAGAUCGAAGCUAAAGCUAAUGAGGCGAAGAAAAUGACGAACGUGAACAAAGUGAAACCACUUUUACGAAGAAAGAGUGAUUUACCACAGGAUUCAUAUACAAUGCGAGCAUUGUCUGAUCAUAAACGUGCCGAUGAAUACCUUGUCACACCGCCAGAUCCCAAUAAUUGCUAGUCUCUACAAUCACUUCCCAUGUAUCCUCUGUUUUGUUGUAGCAACAUCGGAAGUUAGCUUUUCUUUUAAGGAACACGAUCAUUGAAUAGCAAAUAACCUGGAAAAAGAAAUUUAAAAACAUCCUAUCACAUCCCAUCGUCUGAUAAUUGUGUAUUAGAGUUUCAACACAUGUGUUUCAUAUUGUAUUUUUUUUUCUCCAAUUAGAAGAAAAGAGAAAAUCCUAUUCUCCUCGCGUAAUGUGCGAUUCAAAGAGAUAGUAUAUAGAUAUUUGUAGGAGAGCUUACAAAAGAGACUUGUUUCCCCCUUUUCCCCUCAUAGAAACGCGUUGUAUUUAUUUCUUCAUUAGAAGAGAAACAAAUUGCAUAUGAGAGAAAACACUGUAGUUACAUCAUUAUGGAUAAGACGCCGCAUCAUAUAGUAAGUGAGAAGGGCCCUAAAUACAUUAUUCGUAAAACUAGAGAUACUCUCUGGGAUGCUAUCUUCAAUAUACACACAUAAACAUAAACAUAAACACAAUACAAUAAUAUAUGGAUAAUGUACGUAAAUCGAGGUAAUUAUAUGGAUACUGUGCGGUAACAGAUAUGUGGGAGAGAGAGAUAUUCUACAAGAGAUUUUAUAUAUAGAUAAAGCUAUAUGCGGGAAAAUGUGAUCGAAGAUUUAAAUGUAUGCUCGAUGUAACUUGUACUACUACGCUGUGCGAGCUUGUUGUGUUAAAAAUCUUGCAAAUGACGUUUUCAUUUAUGUGUGUGUGCAAAUGAUAUAUAUAUAAAUAUACGUAACUUGCUUUAACACUACAGGCUCGUAAUGAAGGAAGAAAAGAAUAAAUAAUGAACAUGAGAAAAGAAUAAUGUUCGGUGCGUGUUAUCUUUAAGGAUAUACAUAUAUAUAUAUAUAUAUAUAUAUGAUAGUGCUAUUUUAAAAAUAAUAGAUUGCUAUACAUACAAGAAAAUAUGGAUAUUUCUCAGUGUAAUACUUUUGUAUCUGUUGUGCCUAGAUACCUGUGGAAUGCAUUCACAAGAAAAAGUAUGCCUCUGCGACGAACAGCAAGUUUUAAGCAGCGAAUUACAUGUCGCUUUGCCAAAUAUAAUCGAUUACUAUUACAAAGAAGUCAUGCUUGCAUAACAUGUUGUUAACUCAUUCAUCUUGAGAUAAAUUGAAAAAUUAUACUGGUUGCAGCCAAGAAAUAGCAGCUAAAAGAAUAAAGAGAGAGGGAGAGAGAGAGAGAAAGUAAGAGAUACAUUUAGUCCUUGCGCUAUUGGCAGAUUGUUACGUUAGUAUUCGAGGAUACCUUGUUGAAUAUAGAUAUAAAAUAAGCACUUAUAUUAGAAAUUAAAGCUACGGAGAUACAGAUUUAAAGAUUAUUUACUUAUUAAUUAUAUUUCUUCUCGGAGGAAUAGCCAUUUCAGCUGAUUAUUAUUCUUUAGUAAUAUAAAUAUUAUAAUUAAUAAUUAUUACAUAUUAAUUUUAGUAAUGAGACACACCAAUAAUGAUGCAAAAAUAAAAUGAUAGUAAUAAAAAUAUAGUAAUGCGGCUGGUAUGUGCUUUCAAUCUGUUUCAUCUGAAAAUUUGUGUUUUUAUCGAUUAAAUUGAUAAUAAGUGCAUUAUCUAGAGAAGAUUUGUCUCAUUAGAAAAAAAAACUCAUUAUUACACGCCAUAUGCGGCAAUUUUAAAAAACAUCGAAUCAGAUAAUCUCUAACUAGAAAUGUGACUGUGUACGCUUGCAUAAGCUUCAAUCGAAUCGUAGAAAGUCAAAAAAAAAAAAAAAAAAAAA